GGAGGAGGAGGAGGGCCAGGAGCGGCGGAGGGGCGCUCGCGCUGCAUUGUGCGCGCCUGGCAUGGAACUGGGAGGAAGCCCAGGAGGAGGAGGAGGAGGAGGAAGGCUGGACCUGCAGGCAGCCGGUGCAUAUAUCAUCCGGAUGCAAGAAGAACACACUCCCAAAGAAUCCGCAUGUUUGAGGCUCCCCCACUGCAAUGGAAUCUUGGCCCACACUGGCCUGGGUCUUGCUCCUUAGCUUGGUAGCAGACUGCCUGAAGAGAAUUGAAGCCCGAGACUUCACAGUGAAAGAUAUUGUCUACCUUCACCCUUCAACUACUCCGUACCCAGGUGGUUUCAAAUGUUUUACCUGUGAACAAGCAGUAGACAACUAUGAAUGCAACCAGUGGGCUCCUGAUAUCUAUUGCCCAAGAGCUACACGAUAUUGCUAUACCCAACAUACACUGGAGUCCAAUGGAAAGAGUGUAUCUGUAACCAAGCGAUGUGUGCCAUUGGAGGAUUGUUUGGCUACAGGAUGCAUAGAUCUCCAGCAUAAAGGACUGAGGGUCUGCACUUCUUGUUGUGAAGGAAAUAUUUGUAACUUGCCGUUGCCUAGAAAUGCAAGUGAUGCCAUCUUUGCGACAACAACCCCGCUCAAUCACACACAGAGACAUUUGCAAAGUGCAUCUGUAAUGAUGAUGUUUCUCUUGUUACUCUUUGCUACGUAGGUGCCCUAAGAUAAAGUACCCAUUGCAGACCAAGGAUUGAGGAUGCAAAUAUUUAUGCACACAGAAAUGAUCUUAAUUUAAUAUAUAUUUUAAACCUUACAUUUUUUGUGACAUUUCUACAUUCCCCCUUCCCUUUUAGCGCUGGCUAGUUCAAAAGCCAUAAUUUCUGACCAGUCCUUUUUUAAAGAAGAAAUGACACUGGUGGGUGGAGGGGAUGUGAGUUGUAAGUCUAAUACAGUACUUUGAAGGAAACCUUUUGUAGUCCUUAAAAAACCACCACUGAAAUGCCUGACGGUACAGUGGAUUCCCUCCCAUCUCCAAGAGAUGCCCUGCUUGUGAAGGGAAAAUAUAUGUUGUAUUUUUACCUAAUGAAAAUGCAGGGAUCCUCAAUAAAGUUAUUCCACUAUGCCCCUCAGGAUUUCUAAUGGAUUUCCUGACAAAUGUUAGUUGCAGUCACAUUGAGUUGCAACUAACUAGGUCACAGUUAAGAGUAGAGCCAUUUGAAUCAAUAAGUCUACUUUCCAAAGACUGAAUUUGGACCCAACCUAUGCUCUUGACUAUGAACAGUUUUGGAGAAAGUUUGAAGAAAAAUUAUUUGAAGAAUAAUUUUGACAAUAAUUUGGAAGAAAGAGGCAGACUUUGCCUGUAAGUGGAGUUGCUAUCAUCUUAGAAAAAUAUUUCCAUAUUUAUAACAUGAGAUGCAAUAGCUCUUUUAAGAUAGUUCCCUCAACUUACAGCUUUUUGUUACCGUAUAUCCUCAACUAUUAGUUGACUUCAUGUAUAAGUUGAGGACAGGUUUGGGGGACAAAAUUAUGGAUUUUGCCAUGACCCGUGGAUAGAUUGAAGGUGAAGCUUGGAGGCUCCUUCAGCGUGUGUAUGUAUGCGUGUGGCAAGACAGACUGUCAUUGAGGCUUUUUGCUUCAUCGUUUCAGCUUUUGUUUCAGCCAGAUGCAUGGGCGGGCGGGAGAUGGACUCUUAAACAAACAGCAAUAUCAGUCAGUCACCCAGGCCUAUUUCUGCUUGGCUUCAGAGAGAAAUAAACUUCUAUCUGUGCCACAUGGAGAAAUCUGAAAAAGCCGCUAUCACAGUUCCAUGGUGACCCAUAAACAAGUCGACCUGGGAUUUUAGGGUCAAUUUUUGGGCAUAAAGUUUUAGACUUAUAGACAAGUAUAUACAGUACGUAUUUGCAUUUUAAAAAUUCUUAAUGCUUUUUUUUUUAAAAAAAACUACUUGUUUAAUUAACUUUGUUGAUUGAUUUAAUCAAUCAUUCCAUAGCCUACAGCUACAAUUUUAUGUGCACUUACUUCAGAGUAAGACCCAUUGAAUUCAGUGAGUCCUUCUUCUGUGUAGACAUUACACAGUAAGGCCACCACCCUAGAUACACUUACGUGGGAGCAAUUAUUAUUGAAUUAGAUGGAUCUAACUUCAGAACCAACCUAGGGAGCAAAGGGGCUGCACAUAAAUAGUCCCAGUUCUACUGUGUUUACAAAAGCUGCCUCCUUAUCUCAGACAACUAAGACACUUCAGGAGGGCUGUUCUGCAGUGAAGAUUCAGGCAUAAUUAGAAUGUUUGCCAGAAAAAAAUUAUUAUUAUGGAUACUUUUCUUAUUUUCAAGAAGAAAUUGACUCAAUUUAAAUUUGUUUUCACUUUUUACUAGUCCAGGUAAUACUUCUUGCACAUGAUAUGGUUUAUUUUACCUACUAGAUCACAAUAUUUAUUUUUCUACAAUACAAUCAAAAUUGAUAACAUGUUGUAUAGAGUUCCAGUCUGAGGCAACAGUUGACACUACUACUGUUCUGUAUGGCAUGUAAUAUAUAUUUUGUGACAAAUGAUCUUCCAAUCCUUUCAAAAAUUUAAUGCCGAAGAAGAAAAGGGUGAUAAAAUUGAAGCAAAGUCAAAUAAGCGUCACUGGCUUAAGGGUACACAGCCAAAUUUUAUACAUAAUGUACAGCCAUGUAAUCAUACAUGAGAGUAAUUUUAAUGAGUUCUUUUUGGCUAGCAUUGAUCAGUGGGGAGCUGGCAUUUUGUCAAGUGAUAAUAGAGAUCAAGGCUCUAAAGUGUGGUGGGGAGGGCAGAGUAAAAAAGGGGGCAUAUGGUGAUAUGCAAAUUAAUGAGAAAGAAAACAUUGCUUAAUUUGAAGUCUUUAAUAAAACAAAUGAACCACCCAACUUUUAGCCUUAUACUUUCUCUCUGUGUAUGUAUAUACUAGCUUAUCCCAAAUUUCUGGUGCCUUGUAGAUAUGUUAUAUACAACUGUUACAAUCACCAAGUCACUACAGAACUCUUAACACCCCUGGAAGGCUCUACAUUGGGAAAGGCUAGCAUAUACAUACCAAAAACCUAAAAUAUAAAAAAUAUUUAGAAUAAUGGAGAAGACUGUGUUUGCCUGAGCUGUAUGUUUGCAAUCAUUGAUUGUGUCUUCCUAUAUGGCAGGGGAUUAGACUAGAUGACCUUUGUGGUCUCUUCUAAUAACAGAAUCAUCUCUUCUAUGAUUCUAUUUAUCUGAAUUGGGAACAGUUAUCCAGAAAUAAAGUCCAGUGACUUUUGGCUGAACUGAAGAAGUGGAUUCGACUCCACGAGACCUUAUGUUGAAGUGGGUUAGUCUUAAAGGCGCCACAAGACACUUUUUUUUCUUUCAAGCCAAAAAAGACUAUUGUAGAUGUUUCUUUGAAGAUAUUUAAUAGAACUUAUGUCCACAAAAUUAUGGAAACCCCUGGUGUCCCAUAUUCUGAAAUGUGCACAUGAAGCUCAGAUGCAAUAGAUUGGGGGACUGAGUCGAAAGCAGUAUUCAUUGAUGUGAGACAGUCCUGACAUAGCUAAACCAAGUCAUAAUGAAGCAAAAACUUUUAAAAGCAACAUUUACUUUAGUUGUGACCAUCUUUUGUUGUUCUUUUUUUUUUUUUUUUUUUGCUAUAGUUAACAUUAUCAGGAUAAGGGGUCAUUGAUACUUAGUGAGGAAGUAAAAGGUUAGGUUCAAACUGCCUCUGUUAAGCUUUGGCUCAUUCUGUCUUCUCAGAGGGUCCCUUAAGUCCUGGUUGUAGCUUUUUAGGUGAGUGCAGUUUCAGUAGGAGAGGAAAGGCACCAUCUAGGACAUUUUGGGUUGACAGCUUCCAGAAUCUCUCAGCCAGCAUUCACUUCAGUGAGACUUUUUAUCUCCCACUCUCCUCCACCAGCUGCACUACUGAGCCAGUUCCAUAAUAAAUGACUCAGCUUACCAAAGUAACUACUGGUGCCAAAAAGGAUAAAUGUGCUCAAAAUUUAUAUGGUCUUAAAAUCAUAACCGUGUCAGUAAUUCAGAUCGUUUUCCCCAUCCCCUCUCCCCAUAGAAAUGGGGGAAAGUUAUUGGGUGUCUUAAGAGUUCUCAACACAGUAUGUCCACACACUCAUGCUUCACCACAUUGUUAUGGCAGCUAGAAAUGGCCUUGGUGGGUUCCAGUCGUGGCCCUGAGUCAAGUUGAAAGUUGCCAAAGUGUCUUUGCAGUGGCUCGUGUUUUUGUCAGGAAAAGACGUGGUGGUAGGUGACUGGCUGACAUGGCAGAACCCUUGUGUGCUCUCAAGGCAGCAUCUGUAAAUGCAGGGCAAGAGUGGCCACCUUAAAGUGCUAGUCACCCUACCAUCAAUUGGGAGGGAUAACAGCAUGAAGGAGGAUCACUAGUUGAUACUGGCAAAGAAGUUUAAUGUCCCCUACCCCUAUUGUUUAUGGGAAUAGCAUUUGUGCGGGGGUGGAAGGAACAACAUAGCCCACAGGCCAGAGGUAUGCCCACCUCCAGUAUGGAAAAUGUGUUUCAUCAAGGGGAUGCUAUUUCUAGUUGUCUCAUUGUGGUAGUGACUAUUAAUGUGUAAUCAGCACUAAGAAAAAACAUGUUUGUGGUGUCUGUUCCUAUGUGUUGUAUCCCUUGUGAACUCUCUGAAAAGGUGGUGGGUGUGUUUGUUUGCAUGACCUACUUGGGAGGCCUUGGGUAUCCGUUUGGUUAAGCGCUUCUUUAUGUGUAAGCAAGAGUGACUGAAGUGUCCUGUCUGUAAAAUCUGUGGUUUUGAACCUGACAGUAUCGUCCAGGAAAGCUAUUUAUUGCUCUGUGAGUUACAGUGGAGUUGGAACGCGUUUCUGAAGCUUUGAACAUUUACAAUCCAAGCAUGAUGGUGUGCUAAAUUAGUAUUUCAGCAUCUGCAUUUCACUGUGAAUGUAGAUCUUUAAGCUGUGUGAAAUUAUUCCUCUUACCUAUCCCAUGUCAUUUUCAAAAAGAAUCAGGAAGAGCAUGAUGAUCUGAAGCCAAAUUUCUGCAAAAUCACUGAUGGUUGUCCUUCUAUUGUUGUUUGUUUUGUUUUUAACCUAUCCUUUGGUCAACGUGUUCCCAUGUAAAUAGUGCUCCCAGUUGUUAAUGUAAAUUUUGU